AUGAAGGAUCGCAGCACCUCGACGCCGCCUGGACGUGAUGCUAAUGCCAAGAAUGUUGUGGUUCACAUAGUUAGCUACAAAAUUCUAACAAGAAUUGCUAGCAUCAAAAUGUUUUGGAAAGCUAUCGUGGUCAUAGUCGCUUGCCUCGCCGAAUUAUCCACGGGAUACUGGAGGGGACACAAUAUCUAUGAGAUGUUGAAUAUUCCCCGACCAUACCCGCCCCGACCAAACCCGCGAUGAAGAGACCCCGGUUUCGAUGGAAGCUGGAAGUUUUGAUGGAAGAUUCUGAACAACUUAGUAGUUUGCAGUUGUAACUAUUAAUUUUUCAGACAUUGAAAGGCUUUGACAAAUUUCUGUUUUUUGUUAUUUUGUUUAGAGAAUACUUGAAAACACUAUUUUUCUUUAGUGAUGAAUAACGUAUGAGUAGAAGCAUCAAAGCUCGUGAUGGUACAUUAAGUAUAGUAAAAACUCUGUGCAAAAAUGUUCAAUGUAAAUGCAGCAAAA